AAUGAAGUGUCGUGCAAGUGGAUCGGUACCGUAAUAUCAAGUUACACAGCAGAUGAAAUCGAAACCUUAUUGUAGGCUACCCUUUGUGUCUUACUUUCGUUUUCUCUUUUAGCCUAGGCUACUGCGCGACGUUAUGCUCGACUCUGUGUUAACAUGUUUGCAGGGAGAUGUUAGGUGUUGAACUGAGUUGAGUGUUGCUGUGUCUGUCACCUGGCACUGUGAAGGAGGCCCAGAGCUAUUGGGGGCAAAUGGGUCACAAUGGAGAACACAGACUCGGAGGAUGGCGUACUCUCCGUGCUUGAGCAGCAGAGUCUGAACCUGGUGGAGGUCAUCAGCGCUCAGAGGCCGCACGUGCUUGACCAGCUCCAGAACCAAGUGGAGGGCAGCGUGCGAGACCAGCUGUUGCAGCUGACCAGUCCCCGGGACAAGGCCGCCUGGCUGGUCGACCACUUCCACAAUGUGGGGCCGGUGGAGUGUGGACGGUUCCUCGAGAUUGUCUGCAUGUGCUGCGAGGACAUGCCCAUGUUCCUGGAGUCACAGCUUAUGUCAGUCUCGGGAUUUGUGACAGGUGAUGUUGGAAAUCAACACCAAACAAAGAGAUCAACUACUGUGCAGAUAUCUGCUAAGCGUCCACGAUUAGACCAUGUACAGAGCUACACAGAUGAAACUAAGUCAUUACUGCUGCAAAAACAUAAAAGCUUCACAAAGAAUGUUGUUAGCGAGGUACGUCUGGACGAGACGUUGGUCAGCCUGCGCCGCAGGAUCGUCCCCCGAGGUCGAGACAAGGCAGCUAGAGUGCAGGUCACGACCUCGGCCUCCUCCUCCUCCUCCUCCUCCGACCUCCAGGACUCUGAGGAGGCUUGCGUGGAGGACCGGGUGGCGGUGACGUCCCUCCUGAAGACUACUGGCCAGGCCACGGUGCUGCUGGGGGUGGCCGGCUCAGGGAAGACCCUGCUGGUGUACAGCUUGGGUCAGCGCUGGGCCCAGGACGCCUACCCGGCCCUCAAACUGCUCUUCCUGCUGGAGUUCCGCCAGCUCAACGCUGUCUCCCGCCCGAUCUCUCUCAAAGACCUCCUCUUCCGUUUCUUCCUUCCUGCUGAGAGUGACGAUCAGGCCGAAGCCGUGCUCGACUACGUAGUCUCCAACCCUGAGAAGGUGUGCUUCAUAUUCGACGGCUAUGACGAGUUUCGGGGAAAGUUUGCGAACCCUGGCGACCUCAGGGGGGCCUUUGACCCACGCUGCCCGCUCCCAGUGGCGGAGCUCUUGUCCGGGCUGUGCGGGCAGAAGAUCCUCCCGAGGUGCACCCUGCUGGUCACCUGCAGGCCCCGAGAUGUGACUGACCUGUUUGACAGCUCGGGCUGCCGCAUCGGCGAGCUGCUGGGCUUCGAACAGGAGCACAUCCGCGAGUACGUACGGCACUACUUCCAGAAAAGGGAUGAGGCGCUGAAGGAGCUGGCGGUCAGUAACCUGACCUCCAGCCGCCACCUGCUGACCAUGUGCCAUGUGCCAGCACUGUGCCACCUCUGUUGCGUGUGCCUGGAGCACCUGUUCGCCCGGGAGGGCCCUAGCACGACCACGCCACUCCCUGCCACCCUCACGCAGAUCUACUUCCAGAUCCUCGCCGCAUUCCUGAGUCGCCGCACUCCACCUGCUCGGGACGGCGCAGCCUCCAGAAUGUCGGGGGCUCGGCUGGACAGCGUCACGCAAGUGCUGGCCAAGCACGCUGGGCUGCUUCGAGAGCUCGGCCGUCUGGCCCUGGAGGGACUGGAGGAGAGCCGGAUCGUGUUCGCAGCGGAGAGACUCCGGCCUGAGCUGGCCGAGUUCGGCAGCCGCACCGGGCUCCUGUGCCCAGUGGAACUGACGCUGGAAGACGGGGAGAGGCAGCCGGGGGUGUCCUUCAUGCAUCUCACUAUGCAGGAGUUUCUUGCCGGACUCCACCUCAUGACGAGCGCCGAGGUCUCGGACACUCAGUUCAAGAAGAAGCUGACCCUCAAAACACAGUGGAGAGCCAAGAACGAGCCCAAGACCGUCUUCACAGACUCACUCCAGCUGUACCUGUGCGGUUUCCUCGCUUCCACAUGCACGCCCUACCUGAUCCAGCUGGCCAGUGGUGGCGCCAAGCACAUGGUCCAGAAGCGCCGGACGCACGUGGUGAAGGUUCUGGAGAGCUUUGCGGGGAGUGCCAACCUCAGUGGGCCCAAGAUGGUGGAACUCUGCCGCUGUGCCCACGAGUCACAGGACGUGCAGCUGGCGGCAAAGGUCGGCUCAAGGCAGUGCUUCGAGCUCAGGAACAUUCGGGUAACCCCUGUUGACCUGGAGGCCCUGGCCUUUGUGGUGUCAGCGGCUGGUGAGAGCAUCGCAUUGGACUUUGGAGGCUGUUCCAUGGAGCCAGAAUCUCUGGACCUGCUGGAUGGCUGCAGAAACGUGGAGGCCCUUAUUUUCCGUAGCCGAAAGUAUGAUGAUGUUUUUGCUGAGAUGUUGUCUGCCGUCAUUCCAAAACUCCAAACCCUGAAGCGUCUUCAUCUGACAAGUGCAAACCUAACAGAAGUUGGAGCUGCUACACUUGUUCAGGCCUUGAAGAACUGUCCUCUGAUUGAACAUGUGGACCUCAGUAACAAUAACAUAACAGACCGAAGUCUAGAGAAGAUAAUGGACACUUUUCCCCAAGUCUCAAAUUUGAAAACAGUUUUGCUGGGGAGAAACAUUUAUACCUGGAACGGACUGUUCAGACUUGUCAAGAUGAUGAUGACCUGUGACACUCUUCAGCUUGUGCUUGUAAAGGGAGCCAGUGUGACUAAGACAGAGGAAGUGCAUGAAUUCAACCUCCAUUUUAUCGGCAGGAAAAGUGAGAGCAACUUGAACAAUCUUGACCAGGACAGUGAAACUUCAAAGACUCUUGUCUGGACAGACUAUAACCUCAGUGUGCCUCGUUUGAAAGAUUUGUGUGAUGCACUGAAGAGCUACCAGGGCUUGACAAAGCUUAACCUGUCGAGGAACUGGCUGGGGAAUCAAGGAGUGAUGAAACUGCUUAAGCUGCUAUCAGCCCUGGGGACCAUACAGGAAGUGAUUGUCAGUGAGAAUGGUGUGGACAUGGAUGGUAUGGUGCUCAUCGCUGACCUGCUCUCCAAGGACACUGGUCUGUCCCAGGUGGAUGCCAGCGACUGUGGAGGGAAAGGACUGGUCUUGAAGUUUCUGCCAAGAAAAAGCAAGCCGAUCCCAGCAUCUCAACAGACCCAAUCCCAAAUGAGGAAGAGACUUGACUCCGAAGACACCAAACAGCAAGGGGAUCAGUUGAGAAAAACAUUCUGUCUGAAACACAGCACCAUCCAGCCAGCCAACAUGGACAGACUGUGCAAAAAACUGAAGCACUGUCCCGGCAUGCUAAAUUUAGACUUUUCUUUUGGGACCUUUGAAGACAACACCAUUAAUAAGCUAGUGAAGAACCUCCCUAGCAUGAUGGGUCUUCACCUGCUGAGUCUUAGUCAUGUCCAGAUGUCCACAGAUGGGGCUCUGUUAUUGGUCCGUUCUCUAACGGACUGCCCACGGGUAAAAGCAGUGGAGCUCAGGCCCAGAGGAGAAGCCUUCAUAAAGUUUUGGGAACUGAAAGCAGAACAUGCGACUUGCAAGCUCACUCAAUAUAAGCUGAACAGCAGAAAUGUGAAAAAACUCUCUGAAAUCCUCGAGCCCUGUGCACGAAUUUCUGACCUCGAUCUGUCCAGUAAUCGCCUUCAAGAUGAGGGUGUGGAAAUCUUAAUGGACUGGCUCCCAAAACUGCGAAUCGGAAACUCUGUGAACUUAAAUGACAACGGGCUCACUCAGGCCGGUGCCCUCCACCUGGCGAACUCCAUCAGCACCUGUGAGAAGGUGGCGGCAGUGAAUGUCAGUCUGGGGGACGAGGAGAAGUCCCUGAUUCGCUUUAUGCAGGAGAGUGUGCAGGAGAAAAGUCUGAGUUUGAGAGAAUGCCACUUCAGACCUGAGGAUUUGCAGAAGCUUGUGGAGAUCCUUUGCAGAUGCCCCAAACUGGUCAACCUAGAGCUGUCGUACAAUACCCUACACAAUGAAAGCCUGAGCAUACUGAAGAGGCUGGCCCAACUGUGCGCACUGCAGAAUCUUGAAAUGAGGAAAAAUGGAUUGUGUCCGGAUGUGAUAGAGGAGCUCUUCCAAAACAUAAGCCACUAUCAUCCCCAGUGGACCAUCAGGAUUGAGGAGGAGUGGAUGAGCAAGGAGGCUGUGGUUGUCCUUGUGGCGGACUGCCUGAAAGUGAAUGCCAACAUAAAGGAGAUAGGGGUUACCAACACUCUAUUGACUGUUUCUUUGUCAGGAAAUGCCAAUCUGGCAAAUCACAGUGCUCACUCUGUGGACACACCCUCCUCAUUGACAUCUAUUAGGUUUGCCAACAGUGAAAUAAUGGGCCAUCACCUUGUCCUCCUCAAGCCUGUGCUCUCAGCCUCUUCUCUGCUACAGGAGAUAGAUCUGUCUCUGAAAAACAUUGGCAUAGAUGGAACUGAGUUUCUCACUUCUACAAUGCAAAACCUGAGGAACCUGAGAAAGCUCAGCCUUUAUACUGAGCAGUCUUCUGAGGAUGAGGUGUUGAGUAUUAUUGCUGCAUUGCAGGGAUGUCCAAACCUUGAGAGUAUUUCCUUGGGUGGCUAUAUAAUCAGUGAUGAGGGAGCAAUGGCACUCAGAAGAGUGUUACCCAGUCUGCCUCAUAUCAAGUCCAUUGGGUUGUCUCAGGGUUCUGGCUGGUCACCACAAGGAGCUUUGGCGCUGAUCAUGGGAGUUGUUCAGUGUUCACCACUAGAGAGCAUCAGGCUGGACCAUAUUGUGCUAUUUCCAAAUGCGGUGAUCUGUCUGGCCCAAUGGCUUCAGCAGAUGACCUUUUUGAAGUCUCUGAGACUGAAUAGGAUCUCCAUGGGGACAGGAGACCCUGAGGAGUUGAGCAACACUGUUCUGUCUCUAAUGGCAUCACUGCAAGGCUGCGCCUCGAUAGAACAGAUUGAGUUGGAAGGCAUGAGGCUUGGAGACAGUGGUGUACAGGAGCUGAUGAAACACAUCCCCAGAUGGACCAAGCUCAGACGGAUAAAUCUGGCAGACACCAGCAUGACUGACAGUGCUGGGGAGAGACUGGUGCAGGCACUCACUCACUGCACAGUACUGGAAGAGCUUGAUCUCAGUAAGAACAGGCUGGGUUAUGCAUCUGUAACCAACUUGGGUGAAAUUCUGAGUGGUCUCACACACCUUAGGAUCUUCAAUCUCUCAGAGAACCAGGUUACUGCUGAUGGUGCUAUGAGUUUGUCUGCAGGACUGAUGAACCUUAAGCAUCUGACUAAGUUACAUUUAAUCUCUAUUGGGACACCUGAACUUGCCAGUGUGGCUGACUCCUUAAGACACUGCGUCAACAUUGAAGAUAUCAGUUUGGCCUGGAAUAAUUGCGGUGAUGAGGUGGCUCUGGUGCUGGCUAAGGUUCUACCUAAAUGUGUGAAUUUGAGGUGGCUCGAUUUGGAGUGUAACCGAAUCAGCAGGGAAGGAGCCAGAGCUCUUGCAGAGAGCCUGCACUUCUCCUUUAGCAUUGAGGUUGUGAGGCUUUGGCGGAAUCCCAUCAGCAAAGAUAAGGAAUAUGCACUAAGACAGACUGAGCGAGACUAAGCUUUUCCUCGACGUAGUGGUCACUGCACGGUCCAUCCUCACUAGGUUGAGGUUUUAUUUGCACUGCUGACGAGGAGGAAUGUGAAUAAUGUUUACACGAUAAUGAGGAGCACGCUACCUCAACAUGUGCUUCAGGAGUAGAAGGCAGGAGGCGCAGGACCCGCAACUGAGGGAUUCACCAUUCCAAUAGAGCUUUGGAGGAGAAACACAGAGGACAUACAUUAGGCCUACAAACAUGACAAAUCUAUAUAUGAAUUCCCCACCCCAUACCCC